AUGGAGAUAGUGUCCCCUUCAACCCGCAGCAAACUCGAUGCUUUGACAACACGCUAUCCUCAAAUCAAAAGCUUGGAUGUCGCAGCAGAAUUUUUAUCUGUCCUCCUGGCAGAUGCAUUCCUGCAAGCCUCAGUCCCAGAAGACGAGGGGCUUACGGCGGUCACGACUUGUCGCGACAUCCUCUCCGCUAAACCCAAGUUGUUUUCUCAAUUGCAACGUGCACGAUUAGCCGUCAACUCGGAUGUCCAAUUCGCAGCCAUAGCCAGUUCUCCACUGGCUCCCGCGCUCGUCUCUUCAUUUUGUCGGCGUAUUCUGGACGAAGUCAGUAAGAAUAUUAGGACAUCUGAAAUAUUGGAUCUUUGGGAGCCGCGAAAGCACACAGAUUACAAGGACGAAAGCAUUCUCACUUUCCUGGAAUCCCUCGGGCUAUCCCACCGAUACAACUCGCUUUCCAUUAUUCUGCACGACUUGGGAGGAUUCAGCAACGACCCAAUUCUCAGUGCACGCGUUUCAGACAUCUUCAGUCCAACAAACAAGUUCCUUGUGAACGCCUCCGGGACUGGCAAAACCCGUCUUUGUUAUGAAGGGCUCUGCACCAAGUGGGGCUUUUAUGUCUGUGUCCAUAACGACGAGGGUCGUUUGGGGUCGUAUGAUGUUGAGAGGCUCAUGCGUAAAUGCCAAGAGGACUUUCUGUUGAGAAUCAAAUCCGACGAAUACGACAAGAAAGUCGAACGACUGGCGGUAUCGUUUCGUGCUAUCUUGCUUGCUCGGCUACUUUUAUUCCUGGUUUUCCUCGAAGCAGAAGACGUUGCCGAACUCCAAGGCUCACACGACCAUCUCAAGAAGCGUUGGCUCACGAUGCAACUUAAUCCAACGAACAUCAAUGGUCCACCAGUAAUAAAUGACCCAUUCGAACGCCUCGCGUACAAUCUGGUUAAGCACGACUCGCUCUAUCUCUCACAGAACAUAGCAAUUGCUCUGGACAAGAUUCAUCAGAUAAUUGGGGAGCCCCUGUUUUUGGUUGUCGACGAAGCGAGUUACGCCGUGGACAUGUUCUCCGAUGAGUUGGAAGAUGCUAGUCUUCUGCAAAUUCUCAUUGCAGAAUGGACAGAAAGGGCCAGAAAACACGGCAUCAUCAUCUGCGCCGGUAUCAAAAUACCACAAGAGCGGUUCAAAGACGGCCCAGGUAGUGAUUUCGACUGGACCUCCGACACGGGUGGAUUUGACGAUCCUGCUCAGCAAGAACGCUAUGUCGCCCAGUUUCUGCCGCCAUCGCUACGUGAUUCCCCAGCUGGUCAUUUUCUCGUGGCGAGAACGUGGCGCUGGCUGCGAGGAAGACAUCGUCUUACAGCGACGUUCAUGGCCAUUCUUCUGUCCGAGGGGCUUUCCCAGCCUCAUAAGCGGCUUGAUGGUUAUAUCGAGCACGCCAUAUCCUUCCGACCCGUGGAUGCUGUCGACUUUUUGGAAGCGGAAGGAGAUGCACCAAGUUGGCCCGGGGGAUUCCAUCCAAUAAAAGCCUCGGACAUGUUCGAAGAGGAAAAGGAGUUGAUUCGCAAAAUUCUCUUCCGCUACCUAGCGACUCAUCAAACCUCGCCCGCUUUGGCAAUCGACCAAGUGGCUCUGAUGUAUUACGACUGGGCACGUUUCGGAGACACGCGCAUGACGAAAAUCGUCCUUGACGAACCCAUGCCUCUUUUAGGCAUCGCACGGACACUCUUUCCCUACCCGACAGAACCAAGGCCAGGCGAGCCAAAUGAGAAUCCGGCGACCUUUAUUCGCAGUCUCCGUCGAAACGUCCCUCAAACAUCAGAACGUCUUGCGCAUUGUCUUGUCUUUUAUCUUACCCAGGCCCUCGGCAAGGGCAAGCGCCUCAACCAAAUCUUCUCAUUUACAAGUGAACCUCCGGAGUGGACCCAACAACCCGCAGAGCUGGUUCGUUUCUACCGAACUGAUUCAGACGAGGUGGCUUGGUCGCCGGUAGCUAGAGGCGACUUCCAAUCUUUCCGACCGCUUGCAUAUCAAGCAACAUCAGUAGAGGAUACCCUUGCUUUCGUCUGGGUCAUCCUCAAAGCAGUGGUCAAUGAAGAGCCUAUUCAACCCUCAAGUCUCCGUGCGAUGUUAUCAUCACUACAGCCCAACGCUCUCCUGCAGGAAAUCGAUGACAUCACUCAAACUCGACUACAGCUUGCAUACGAUUCGCUUCCGAAGACUGGUGGCUGCAAAAUUCUGCGCACCUUAUGUGCCUUUCCUGUCGAGAUUCCUGUUUUCGAGGCCGAUCAGACUCCUGGUUUUGAUCAGGAUCUUGAAACCAGUAACGUUGCUAUUAUCAACAUCUCAGCUCUCGAAUCUCGCUCUUAUCAAGUCAUGCAGCUGUCUUUUUUUGAUGCAAUCGUCGCGGGUGUGCUAGCGGGCAACGACCGCAAGUCGCGCUGGGAAAAUGAUGACGAAAAAACAUUGUGGACAAGUCGGAAGCGGCUCAAGUUGGAGUAUCUCAAUGGCCGAGAGCAGAGGCUACUUAUAUGGCCAGAAGUGUGGUGGGACGGGCCGAUUGUGGCUGAGAAAGAUGAAAAUAACGAGGAGCUUGUGGUCAGGCAGAGCAAGCCAAGGAAGAGGAAACGGAGGGGUUUGUCACCGGCUGCGAAUACUAAGAAGAAGAGGCCCGUUGUUGCUCAUGGCAAGCGGAAAGGACCACAACCCGAGGAUGGGCUGGACGAUGGUCAAUAA